AUGGCGAACAAAGAAAUAGUACUGGGACGCGUGAUGCAAAUCUGUCCCGAACUCCAAGUACUUCCGAAAGACUGGGGAAUAGAUAUUACGGCCAAUGCUGAAAAGCGUAUCCUCUUCAGAAAGGCCUCAACUCGAGAAAGGACAUUCGAUCACCCAACCCUAGGAGGCCUACCUCCACCAUGGAUACUCAAAAUCGUCCAGAACGAAUACGAUAAGAGCUGGGCCCCAGUGUACCACAAUCGGAAGAGUGGGCAGAGCACAACAAAGGACCCUCGAUACAUGGCAAACAAUCUUGCCCAUCACUCCAAUAGCGCCCCACGUGGCUUGGAGAUUGCGGCUCAAACGUUUCAAAACACAGGUUUCGACCUUAAUAAGAUGCAACGUGCAGAGAUAUCGAAGGAGAACCUUCGACACAAGUUUGAGAUUGUUUAUGCAAUCGAUAAGGGCGACGGCAGCCUAGGGGGCAUGAAUGGCGGAGUAUUCGUGGUCCGCAUCAAAGGCCUAUCCAGCCGAGUCUUUGUCGAGAAAAGGUUCAAACCGGAUAGUAUAUCCUUCGCCAUAGAGGAAAUACAAAUGCUCCGGAGAGUGUGUCACUCAAGCCUAACCUUUUACAACGCUGCUUUCAUCACGCCAGACCUCAGGGACGCCUCGGUAUACGUCGAAUUUUGUGACCGAGGUUCCUUGGAGGACAUGAUAAAGGAGUUCUCGAAACGCGGAAACGCUUUCCCUACCCCAUCCGUACCUGAAGCCUUCGUCUGGCAUGUAUUUACUGGUCUCUGUGAUGGGCUGGCAUAUCUGCAGGGAGGAGAGUCAUUUUAUCGCAAUCCAAACGCCAAAGAGAGAUCGGAUUGGGUACCGAUCCUUCAUCGCGAUGUCAAGCCCGACAACGUUCUUCUCAGGUCAAGGCAUACGGUAGGAUCUGCGAAAUACUUUUAUUGUGUCCUCAGUGAUUUCGGGCUCGCUUGUGAAGAUAGAGAUGAUAGGGAUCCAAACGUCAAUCAGUGGCAGAGAACAGGGGCGAAACUUGGAACGAAGACUUACUGGGCACCAGAACUGCUUUAUGAGAAUAUACCAGCGGCCAAUGCUCGUGGCGCAGCAGAUGCGUGGAGUCGCUACCCUGAACCUCAUAGGCAUACUCGAUAUUCCGAUCUUUGGGCGCUCGGUGCGUGCAUUUACAACCUCUGCACUCCAGACCCUUCAACGGAAGGCCUGAGCCAUAUCAAUUUAGCAUCCAAACCCCGCAAUUUAUCCUUUGACAGAUAUUUCGAGCUGGCAGAUUCCAGAGUACGAGAUCUCAGGAUUCCAGAUCAGUAUUCUCCACAAUUACGAAAGGCAGUCAGAAUAGCGACUACAUGGAAUGUCUUGGUAAGACCAAGUCCGGUGAAAAUGAUCGCAAUUAUCGAGCACCUGAUGGAAGAAUCGAAUUUUACACAACAGGGAAAACACGAACCACUUCCUGAAUGGGCGACAAAAGUCCGCGACUAUCUUUCGAAAGCCUGA